GGCGGGAGUCGUCGCGUCUCCUCGGCGCCGCCAUGUCCUUGAGGUUGGCCAAGCUGGGCCCGGCCGCCGCCGCCGCCGCCGCUGCCCGGGGCCGGCUGGGGAGCGCCGUCCUGCCGGCGGCAAGAAUUCAUGUGAGCCCUGAGCAGAAUUUGCAGUAUGGUUGGUUGGCAUAUAUGUUGGGAGACAGAGCUAUGAAAAAGUUCACUGAAUACAGCAAAAUCUUUACAGUGGAAGGAAACUUAUCUUCUGGGAAGGGCAAGCUUGCACAAAAAAUAGCAGAAAAACUAGGAAUGAAAUAUUUCCCAGAAGCAGACAUCCAUUACCUUGACAGAAUCACAGGGGACGGAACGCUGCUGCCUGAGAAGUUUAAUGGUUUCUGUAACCUAGAGAGGUUUUACAACGAUCCCAAAUGCUCUGAUGGGCACUCUUACCGACUGCAAGCUUGGUUGUUUGGUAAUCGUGUCUUACAGUAUGCAGAUGCACUGGAGCAUCUGCUGAGCACAGGACAAGGUGUGGUGAUGGAGCGCUCUCCCUACAGUGACUUUGUGUUCCUGGAUGCAAUGUUUAAACAAGGCUAUAUCCACAAGCGAUGUCUUGAUCACUACAAGGAGAUCAAAGAGAUCAGUAUUGAUGAAUUCUUGCCCCCUCACUUGGUCAUCUAUAUAGAUGUACCUGUCCCAGAGGUGCAGAAGAGGAUUCAAGAGAAAGGAGAGCCAUAUGAGAAAAAGGUGUCUCCUUCGUAUCUCCAGAACAUCGAGGAUGCUUACAAGAAAACCUUCUUACCGGAGAUGAGUGAGUCCAGUGAAAUUCUGCAGUACACAGGAACUGAGGCAGAGGAUGUGGAGAAGGUAGUUGAAGACAUUGAGUACCUGAAGUUUGACAAGGGGCCAUGGCUGGAGCAAGAUGAUGUUUCCUUGCAUCAUUUAAGACUUUAUGUUCAGGACAAAAGUGGAGUGCUGGAUCCUGUAGCCAUCCCCCGCUACAUUCCAGAAGUCACAAUUGGAGGCAGUCAAUAUGAUAAAAUCUAUUAUGAUUAUCGAUCGCUUCCUGGUCGCAAUUUUAGGCCAGGCUACAAUGCCGAUGUUGGUGACAAGUGGAUCUGGCUGAAAUGAAAUCUGCUCCCGUCGGAGCACGUUGGACCACAAGACCUGAGUGAAGAAGCAGCUGAGUUUGGUGUGCCUGCUCCAGCAAAUGCUGGUUAAAUCAUCUUCCAGCUACCCUAAGAGAAUAGACUUCUAGAAGGAAAAUGCCUGUACACUGGUUUGUUCUUCCCUGAUGAAUUUUGUCUUUGGAUGUCAGAUGGUCAAUGUGUGGUAGUGAUCUGGUAUUACGGGGCAGACUUAAGAUUGAUGCUAAACUUUCUCUUCCUCAAGACUGUGGCAUGUUAUUAUAUGGGAUUAUUGUUGUUUUGCUGAAUCGAGAAAUUAAACCUGUAUCUUCUUGGCUCUCGCAAA